AUGCCGAAAUCGCGGGACACCUCACCGGCCUCGCACGACAGCUCGGCCCGCUCCAGCAAGGCGGACGAGGAAACGACCACGGCGCCCCCGCUUCUAGAAGUCCCGGAAGAGACGACUCAGUCCUCGCAGACCACACGCCCACGCUCGCCAGCACGCCUCUCCUCUGAGCUUCAGGUCCGCGCAAAGAUGCAAGAGGAACGCCUGGACACGAUGCUGUCCAUCGUGGAAGAUUUGCAGGCAUCGACCGCGAAGGAGCCUCUGACCAUCAUCGCGUCAGAGGUAGAAAUUACAAAAACCACCUUGAUGGAGAUGCAUCUUAUGUUCCAUCAAGAGCAUCAAGCCCUCAGCCGUCUGUGGCCGGUGUCGCAGCUCGACCACGGCUAUUACAAAACGAAGGUGGCCUCGCAGGAGGAGAAGGUCGUACUGACGGCCCGAAAGCUGAUUGCUCAGCUGGAGCAUCGACUUGCACCCAGCACGACCACGCAGACCACGACGCCCACGCAGCCACUUGCAGCCAAAAGAUCACGCUUGCCUGAAAUUGCACUCCCCAAAUUCGAAGGGGAGUACAACAGAUGGCAGGCUUUUAAAUCUGCCUUCACAUCGGUGAUAAUGGAACGCGACGACCUCGCAGAAGUGGACAAGCUCCACUACCUCAAAGGAGCAGUUUCAGGCAACGCAGCCCACGUCAUCGCUCAUCUACCCGCUACGAACGAGGCCUUCCAAAAGGCAUGGAAGCUCCUCGACGAGCGGUUUGAGAACAAGCGGCUCAAUGUCCAGUCCUACAUGGACCGGAUCUCUGAUUUGAAGCCAAUGAAGCAGCGAAGGGCCAGUUCGCUGAUCAAGAUGACGAACAUCAUCGGCGAAUCGCAAGAGGCUUUGACCACGUUCGGGCUCAAUGAUCCUCACUCCUGCUUCUUACUGAACCACCUCGUCAGGCUGCUCGAUUCGGACACGUGA